GACGCUUGUACACUAUAGCAGCAAUAUUUAUUUUUUUAGGUUACAUUAGUUAAACGUUUAACUAUUUGUUUUCUUUACAUUAUCUAUGACGAUACCCUAUCUCAUUUCUCUAGCAGAAUAAGUUAUUAAUUAUCUUUAAGAACACACCUUUAUGUUUCUCUCAUAUUUUUGUGUAUCGUUUGUUUUGGUUUUGUACAUUUUUUCCCGGUAAACUACAUCGAACUGAUUUUACGAUGAAUGAAAAAAUUUUACAAAAUAAACCGACCAUCAUCAGGAAUAAAGAACCCGAAAUCGAUCUUUACACGGCAGUAGCAAAAUAUGAAGAAAAACAAGCAAUCAAUAGAGAUGAAAAUUGCGAUUCUGCAAUUUAUUUCAACACCUUGCAUAAAUGGCAAGACGUAAUGAAAUGGAAUUUUGAGUUAAAAAAUAAAGAAAACCCACCAAUAGAAAAAAUUGAAGAGUAUAAAAAUGAUGCCAUUCAUUUUUUUUUAAUACUAAAAAAGUUGAAUAGACUUGACAAAAUCCGUUCAAAACAAAAAAAAGAUUUAUUAAACAAAAAAAAACAAGAAAUCGACAGUAAACAUUUACAGCAAGAAAAUUUGCUAAAUGAAUUAUUUUAUUUAAAAAAAGAAAUUUCAAAAUGCCUUCAAUACAAAUCUAGCGAUUGUGAUAUUGAUCUUGUACCGUUAGAUGUAUUUAAUCGAGAAUCACCAGGAUCAAUUGAUUAUAUAGAUAAUCUGCAGAAAGGAUUGAUAAGUGAUCAUGAUUUACAUGUUAAACGUCUUCAAUGGGAACUUGAACAAAGGCAAACUCAACAAAAACAAUGUGAUGAAGUUGAGAAAAGUAAAGAAAUUAUACUUUCUGAGAUUCAAGAAGAAAGUAGAAUUUUACAAAGUAUUUUACCUAUGCUGAAAGAUAUACGUUCUGCUGCUCAGCCAUUGCAGCAAAGUUUUGGAUUAGCUCCUUGUCAAGCAAGAUCAUAUGCAGAUAUAGUAAAUUUAUUACCCAAACCAUUGUAUUAUUUAUACAUUCAAACAGAUGCAUAUAGAGAAGCAUGCAAAUCUAAAUUUACUGUUUUAACAAAUGGCGAUGAAGAAGAAGCUAGACGAUUUGAUUCCAAUAAAAAUAAUGUAGUGGAUACUAAUUCUGAUGAGGAAAUUGAUGCACCAAAACCCAAAAAACGACACCAUAAAAAAUCACGUACUGAUACUAAAUCUGUUCAACAGAAAAGUUUGUUAUCUAAACAUCCCUUAUCUGUUAAAUUGACUUUGAAUUUAAAAAACAAUACUCUGUUUGUCAUGGAAUUUUUUUAUUUGGUUAAUUUAAACUUAAUUACGGUUACUGUCUCUUCAUCAUGGUCAGGAUUUUCAUCAUCCUACUCUAGAGAGUUGCUUUCACCUAGUUCUAUACUUGAUGCAUUAUUCCCUGGUGAUAAUGGUAAAGAAAGUCCACAAAUAGUAAAUUUUCAUCAAUUAGAAGAAGCAAAAACCGAGUUAAACACUUUAGAUGUUGGUAAGCCUUAUAUUUGGGCUCAGAGUAUAUGUGGUUUUGAUUUUUUGAACCCUAGCUCACCUGAUUUCCUUAUUUCAAGAAAUCAUAUUGCCCAAGUAUUAAAGGCAAUUAAUAAUCGUCUUAAGACUCGACUUUCUUUAAUUACUCAGCUUGAUUGUAGUGAUUUAGAGCGUAGAUUUAGUAUAAAUGGAGUCAAUUUAACUUCAGUAUUAUCCCCUUGGAAUACAAUGACAUGGGAUAAUUUUAAUAAGCUUGAAUACUGUAUACCACAUGUUGAAUUUGGAACAGUGACAGAAAAUGAUUUGUUAUUUAAACGCGUAGUGAAUUAUAAAACAGCUACAUUAACUGUUGUUAUGGCUAUUAAAUGUGAUUAUCCUAAGAGUAAACCUAUUUUUGCCCUUCAAUUAAAUAUACCAACUAUAAAUGAAGGGAUAUCAGUUUUGAAUUCUACAAAUAAUAAUUCUGUUAGAGAAUUAGAAAGAGAAAUCAAUAUUUUCCAUGAAGAAGUAGAAGAUAAAAACAUUAAUGAAAUGUUAAUCGAUUUAAUUGGCCGUCUCGUUGUAUGUUUUGAGGUGAUGAUGGAGACUUGGGGACAUACUGACUUCCCCAAAACUAAAACAAUUUUAUACAAUAUAAGGGGUCGAACCAGAAGUCAUCCAUUUAAGGCAGUGAAACAUCAUUCAGGAAUUAUUUUUGAACACCGUUAAUUAUUUUUUAUUUAUUUAGAAUGUAUCUUAUAGAGUAUUUUUUUUUAAUUCUACAAUUGUACUGUUAAUUGGUUUCUUAUUUUAAACUUACUCAAUUG